AUGUUCCGCCCGCCCGUCAACCGUGCGAUGAAAUCGCUCGACCGGUCAUUUUUCCGCAAAACCGUGCCCCUCGCCGCCGCGAAGAUCUUCGAAAAAUCGCAAAUUUCCAACGUUCGUCAAGCGCUUGGCAAGAGCCAUGAUCUUCUGGUUCUUCCCCGACUCAAUGUCAUCCGGGAACUAAAGGACCAGGAUGGCGCUGUUCGGAAGGGCCUCUUGCUGCGCGAGGAUAUCAAGGUAGAUGACAAGACGACUUGGUCACCAGUGAUCAAUGAGCUUGUUCAGAAGGGCACCGUCGCAAUGACGCCAUACAACUUGGAGCUGGACUAUGACUACUGGAGCUACGCCGAGAUUGCCAGCUCGAUUCUCCCUGAGGAUAUGGAGGAGGUUCCUCAAGGAUUCACACAGGUGGGGCAUGUUCUUCAUCUGAACCUCCGAGAACACUGGCUCCCAUAUAAACACAUAAUUGCAGAGAUUCUGAAGGACAAGAACCCUACGAUUCGUACAGUGAUCAACAAGACCGAAGAUGUGGGCUCCCACAGCCAGUUUCGCACGUUUCCCUUCGAGCUGCUCACCGGCGACCCCGACUUGAAUGUGAUUCAACACGAGCAAGAUUGCGAAUUCAGAUUUGACUACUCUCGAGUGUACUGGAACAGUCGUCUCGAGACUGAGCAUCGCCGCCUAGUGGACAAGUUCGAGGCUGGCCAGAUGGUCUGCGAUGUGAUGGCAGGAGUUGGCCCGUUCGCUGUGCCUGCUGGACGGAAGCGCAUUUUUGUGUGGGCCAACGAUCUAAACCCUCAUGGCUUCGAGGUGAUGCAAGAUGCAACUGUGCGAAACAAGGUGCAAGAUUUCGUCACGCCGUUCAACCAAGAUGGCCGUGAAUUCAUCCGCUUCGCAGCCAAGUCACUUCUCGAGAGUGACCCCGUUACUGUCACUAUCAAGUCAAAGGCCCGCAGAGAGAAAAAGGGCAAGGCCAACGAUGGAAAGCCUAUCGAGCAACCAGCGGAUCAAUUGUACACUCGACCUCGCUUCGUGGACCACUACGUAAUGAACUUGCCCGCGACCGCUAUUGAGUUCUUGGAUGCUUUCCAAGGCCUGUACGAGGGCAAAGAGGAGCUUUUCACCCCACACACCAAGCAGACUCUCCCGAUGGUCCACGUCUACUGUUUCUCGGGCCACUCCGAGAACGAGAUUGAUGAUCACAAGGAUAUCUGUGAGCGUGUAUCGGAGCGCAUUGGCUUCACCAUCACCCCCGAAGACCGAGUGGGUGGGACGGGCAACCCGGCCAUUGAGCUCGAUGUUUUCAAUGUCCGACUGGUCAGCCCUAAAAAGCAGAUGUUCUGUGCCAGCUUCCGUCUGCCGCCUGAGGUUGCAUUUCGCAAAGUUUAG